AUCUAUACACAUCUAUAUUGGUCAUUUAUUUAAUAGUCUAGAUUUGAGAUUGAGUUUAAAUUAUGAGAACUAAUGAUGAAUGUUUUUUUUUUGUAAAUUGAGUUUUCUCAACGGGCACCUCUUUUCCUCCCACAAAUGUAACUGUAAACCAUAUGAUGCUCUACAUUCCUCUCACUGGAGAGCUGUUUCGCACAGUUGGCAUUCACACUUGAUUUGGAGGUGUUUUCCAGAGCGACACGCACAGCUGUGCCAUUAUCGUUCCUUGGUUAGGGGGUGUUAUAACCAAGAAAUAACCAACAACGAAACCACUUUCAGCUUAGCUCCUGCGCUGCCUGGCCUGCUGCCAGCUCUUUCUGGAGAGGAUUGGCUUGGCUCCCUCUCCCUCUCUCCUCCCUUCUUUCCCAAACCCAGAUACGCACACAGUAACCAUCCAAGCAACAGCAGGGAGAAAGGAGAGCGAGAAAGCGGGUAGGGAAAUGAGAAAGUUCUCUCGAUAACUUUUGGGUCCUGUAUUUUAGUUAAAAUAAAAAUGCCAUACAUUUUACUGUUCGGAAUGAAUUAUUUUUAUAUGCGGGGAGACUGAAAUUGACUGUUUUCAAGGGAAGGAAGCAGUACACCACUGACGUUUUCUCAGCACUUUUUUCGUUGUAUGAGGCACCUUUAAAAUCAACAUUUUGGAAUACCUCCGGAAGUUAGUUGGUUGUUUUCAAGGUUCGAGUGAAAGGAAUAAAGAGUCCUUUAGUAUUUUGUUCUGAACAGCCUUUAACAGCAUUACCUUUUGCCACCGUGAAUGCCCCCUUGUCUUUGCGCACGGCGGUGAAGGAUGCCAGGAUGCCUUCUCUGAUCAUUUCCCAUCUGCUCGUCAUCUGGCUGGGUGUCCAGAGGCUGGCCUGGUGCGCAGAGCGCGCAUCCACCCGGGAGCGCUUCAAAGUGAUCAUCGCCCCUCUCAUCUGCAAGAGGAUUUGUUUGAAAGGCCAAUGCCAGGACACUUGUGAGCAGGGCAACAAUACCACACUGAUAGGCGAGAACGGACAGUCAGCGGAUACUCUCACAGGGCCUGGAUUCAGAGUGGUUGUGUGUCCACUGACCUGCAUGAAUGGAGGGGUGUGCAGCUCGCGGACCCACUGCCUGUGCCCGCCAGGUUUUACUGGUCGCCUGUGCCAGUUCCCGCUCCGGCAGAUGCCUGAGGCCCAGGCGGCGCGGGGCAACAAGCAACCAGUCUACACGCUGUCAGUGCUGCCAGACGGCCAGAGCCAGGGCGAGCAGGCGGCCAUGGGGCGACCACAGCUGACACAGACCCACUCUGUGUUCACCCUUCCCCUGGCACAGGGGGCAGGCCACCACUCAUCAGAAGUGCAGUUCAAUGUCCGUGUCCACCAUGCACACGACACAUCUGUUGUCAUCCAUCCUCUCGACCAAUCGGAUUCAAAGCCCCCUCAUAAAACCGUGACACGCUUGACCCCUCAGACUCACAAACCCAGGGGGCGGUGCUUCCAGGAGACCACGCCCAAACAAGCUUGUAGUAGUACCCCUCUCCCUGUACUGACCAAUCAGGAGGACUGCUGUGGAAGUGUCGGGAACUCCUGGGGACAAAACAAAUGUUAUAAAUGUCCCAAGCUACCAUAUCCUGGGGUAAAGCUGCAGACCAUCAUAGAAGACUAUGGUUCCACCUGCCCUCAGGGCUAUAAGAGACUCAACAGCACCCACUGUCAAGACAUCAACGAGUGCACCAUGCAUGGGGUGUGUCAGAACGGAGAAUGCCUGAACACCCAGGGUAGUUUCCUGUGUGCCUGUAAGCCUGGCUUCACCCUGGACAGGACCAGAUGUGUGGAGUCUCCGUCUCCGGUGGAGCAGGGCCAGUGUUUCCUCAUCGUAACAGAGGCGGGUCGCUGUGAGCACGCCCUACCCACGUCCCUGUCCCAGGAGAUGUGCUGCUGCACCGUGGGCAAGGCCUGGGGCUCCAACUGUGAGAGGUGUCCCCAAGACGGCACGGCCUCAUUCAGUAAGAUCUGUCCAGCAGGGAAGGGCUACUUCCUCCAUAGUGUCCGGGAGACGGUGGCGUUCCCACCUCAGAUCCACUCCAGCCUGGAGCAGGUUCCCCUCAAGCCUGACAAGAACCAGAAGAAAGACAAAGUCAAGCACCCGGAGGAGCCUCCAGAGACGACCACACCCAUGCAGCUGUCUCCCAUCAGCACCCACGGCCCCCGCGUACCUGUGAUCAUCACCAAGCCCACCCCUCCGCCCAUCAUCAGGUUGAACCCAGGCAGUGACCCCCUGGAGGUGGCACAGACGCAGGUCUCACAAACAGACGAAUGCAGGCUGAACAGGAACCUCUGUGGCCAUGGGGAGUGUGUCAACGUGCACACUGGCUACAAAUGUGAGUGCUAUGCUGGCUACCGGCUCCACCCUCAGAGGAACGCCUGUGUGGAUGAUGACGAAUGUGACGCUGAGCCAUGUGGCCACAGCAGAGGAAUCUGCAUCAACACAGAAGGCUCCUACCGCUGCCGCUGUCUCCAUGGCUACAAGCUCCUGGUGUACCAUGGGAAGCUACGGUGUAUAGACGUGAAUGAGUGCUCCAAGUUGGACAUCUGUGGGCAGGGUGGUCAGUGUGUUAACCUGCCAGGGACCUACAAGUGCGAGUGUCACAAAGGCUUCAGGAGCAAGUCACAACGCCAGCCAGCCUGUGAAGAUAUAAAUGAGUGUCUGGACCCCAACAGUUGUCCCAAUGACCAGUGUGAGAACACACCAGGCUCCUAUGAGUGUGUUCCCUGCUUACCUGGUCACCAGGCCCAGGGUGGGGUUUGCUACGAUGUCAAUGAGUGCCAGAAGCGCGGGGUGUGUCCCAAUGGGCGCUGUGAGAACCUCCCAGGAACCUACCGCUGCCUCUGUGACGAGGGCUUUCUCCCAGCCGCAGGCAGCAAAGGCUGCAGAGACAUUGACGAGUGUGAGGAUGACAGACUGUGUGCCAACGGGCGUUGUGUCAACACAGAAGGCUCCUUCCAGUGCCAGUGCUACCCAGGAUACCAGCGUACUCAGGAGGGCAGCCAUUGUGAAGAUAUAAAUGAAUGUGAGCGUCCCUCUAACUGCCAGAGGGGGCGCUGUAUCAACAGCAUGGGAUCCUACCGCUGUGAAUGUCAGAAGGGUUACAUGCUGGUCGGAGGUCGGAGGUGCCAAGACAUAGAUGAGUGUGCGACAGACAGGGGUCUGUGUCAGCCGCAUGGUGUGUGUGAGAACAGACAGGGCUCCUAUGUGUGUGUGUGCAAAGACGGCUUCAUCCUGUCUGAGGACAAGCACAGCUGUGAGGAGAUUGAGGUGGCCGUGGAAGAUAAGAAGGAGUGUUACCUGAACCUGGAUGACACAGUGUUCUGUGACAGUGUCCUGGCCACCAACGUCACCAAGCAGGAGUGUUGCUGCUCCAUCGGCGUGGGCUGGGGGGACCACUGUGAGAUCUACCCCUGCCCCGUCUACCACUCAUCUGAGUUCCACUCCCUGUGUCCAGUGGGCCGAGGUUUCUACCAUGAGGAGGGAGUGACUGAGUACGGCCUGUCUGUCCAUAGAGAUAUCGAUGAGUGUGUGCUGUUCUCCAAUGAGAUCUGUAAGGAGGGCCGCUGUAUGAACACACAGCCUGGCUAUGAAUGUUACUGCCAACAGGGCUUCUACUACGACAGCAACCUACUGGAGUGCAUCGAUGUGAAUGAGUGCCACGACGAGUCUCUGUGUACCAACGGUCAGUGUAAGAACACCAGAGGCUCCUACUACUGCACCUGUAAGUCCCCCAGGAUCUAUGAAGCCUCCAAUAAGAAUUGUGUCAUCCCCACUGUGGCAGGUGUGGAUGAGUGCCAGGACUCAUUGAACUGUAAGAAUGGCCACUGUGUGGACACCCCUGGGUCCUACUACUGCAUCUGCUCUCCCCCCUGGAUCCUGGCCACGGACCGCAACAGCUGUGUGACCCCAGAGGAGCAGGCUGAUAUCAAUGAGUGCCAGGACCCCUCGUACUGUAAGAAUGGGAGGUGUGUGAACACGCCCGGCUCCUUUCACUGUAUAUGUACCCAGCCCCUCACCUUCAGCGCAGCGCUCAAACAGUGUGUCUAUGACGACCGCACAGCGGCCCAUAAGGACGUGUGUUUCCUGCAGGUGGAUGAGGACCUGAUCUGCAGCCAACCCAGGAACGGUUUGGUUGUCACCUACUCUGAGUGCUGCUGUCACUAUGGCCGUGGCUGGGGCCCUGAGUGUAGGACCUGUCCCCAGAGAAACUCCGGGAUCUUUAACCGGCUGUGUGAGAUGCACUUGGAGACAGAGUCUGAUGGUGAGGGAGAUUUCCUGGCAGCUUUCGCCAACUACAGCCCAGGUAUUGAAGGGGACAGCUCAGAAGAGGACUCAGAUGAGUGUAGUUGUGCCAAUGGUCGCUGUGUGCGUUCCUACCUGGGCACUAUGUGUGAGUGUAACACAGGUUUUAGACUGGACCACUCCCGCACCCGCUGCACAGAUAUUGAUGAGUGUGCUGAACCAGGGGUCCGAGUUAAUCCAUGCAAGAAUGCCCGGUGCGUCAACACCAUAGGCUCGUUCAAGUGCUACUGCAAAAAUGGCUUUGUCCCUGCACGAAGGCCCAACAUAUGUGUACCAGGCACGAAGGCCCAACAUACCCGUACCAGGGCUCUAUAACAACUUUGUCUCUGUCAAACAUACACAAAUACACACAAGCAACCCCUCUGUCUUAUAAAUUCAAUAUUCAGUAUGUUGUGGUGCAUUUUGCCUUCAAAGGGCUUUGAAAUGUUUGAAAUGUAGAAAAUGUGUUGUUGUUGUUGGCUCCUCCUUCCCUGAACGUAGAUGCAGCAUAGGCUUCCAGUUUGGUUCUUAGCAAUUAUUUUCCUUAUACCUAAUUAAGAAAAUGCUUUGGGGGCAAGAAAUUGAAAAAGGAAAAACAUAUUCGUUUAUUUUUUAUGUAUUUUUGUAAUUAUUAUUUUUUUAACUGUUUGUGUCCUUUGACUGUUAAACUUGUGUUCUUGUUUAUUUGUUGAGUUGUUUCCUUGUUGCAUUGAUCCCAUACAUCCAUGAAUCUUAAGCCCUCCUACAGGCACUUUGAUGGGGAAGUACCCGUCAAACCCACUCCCUUCCUGUGUGUCCGAACUCCUGUAUGAGUAGAAGACCCGUAUUGUACAGUUUGGGAUAUUAGACUCUUCACUGUCCAGUUUUGUGAAGUAUGUGAAGUGGAGAUGACUUUGUUGCCUGUUGGAUCGGGGCCUGUCAAGCUCCUGUAAUCACUUGUUAUACGGGAUGUUUUGGAAAUAAAUUGUACUUCAUUGGAAACCAUUUAGGUGCCUUGUAGAUUGUUGACAUGUGGAUAUUGAGUGCAAAUGAAGCUAGACUAUAGGUAAAAGGUCAUAUUCAGACAUAACUCGUGUAUCCAGAGGAAAUCCUCGAGUACGAUGGAAAAUCAACCCCCAAAGCAAAUGGAAUGGCAUGCUUACUGACUUCUCUGAACAAAAUGACAGAGUUUGUUUGCCAAUGCAUUGUAAGGAACCAAAGUGGCUUUGAGAGAAAGAAAUUAAACAGCAGAGGUCAACCACUAAA